CGCGGGUGUGUGACGUGUGGGCCCUGUUUUGUGUGUGUGUGAGUGUGUGUUGGGACCCCGGGUGGCGGUUGGGGGCUCCCGGCGGUGAUCGAGGCGGUGGCGGUGGGUCGGAAGGGCCUGGACAUGGCGCUGAGGGGCCGCCCCGGGGGAAGAUGAAUAAGGGCUGGCUGGAGCUGGAGAGCGAUCCUGGCCUCUUCACCCUCCUGGUGGAAGAUUUCGGUGUCAAAGGGGUGCAGGUGGAGGAGAUCUACGACCUGCAGAGCAAAUGCCAGGGCCCCGUGUAUGGAUUCAUCUUCCUAUUCAAAUGGAUCGAAGAACGCAGGUCCCGUCGCAAGGUCUCUACCUUGGUGGAUGAUACAUCUGUGAUUGAUGAUGAUAUCGUGAAUAACAUGUUCUUUGCUCAUCAGCUGAUCCCUAAUUCUUGUGCUACUCAUGCUCUGCUGAGCGUACUCCUGAACUGCAGCAAUGUGGACCUGGGGCCUACCCUGAGUCGGAUGAAGGAUUUCACCAAAGGCUUUAGCCCUGAGAGCAAAGGAUAUGCGAUUGGCAAUGCCCCUGAGUUGGCCAAGGCCCAUAAUAGUCAUGCCAGGCCUGAGCCACGCCACCUCCCUGAGAAGCAGAAUGGUCUUAGUGCAGUGCGUACCAUGGAAGCGUUCCACUUUGUGAGCUAUGUGCCUAUCACGGGCCGACUCUUUGAACUGGAUGGACUAAAGGUCUACCCCAUUGACCAUGGGCCAUGGGGGGAGGAUGAGGAGUGGACAGACAAGGCACGGCGGGUCAUCAUGGAACGUAUUGGCCUCGCCACUGCAGGGGAGCCCUACCAUGACAUCCGCUUCAACCUGAUGGCGGUGGUGCCUGACCGCAGGAUCAAGUAUGAAGCUAGGCUCCAUGUGCUGAAGGUGAACCGGCAGACAAUCCUGGAGGCCCUGCAGCAACUGAUUAGAGUAACACAGCCAGAGCUGAUUCAGACCCACAAGUCUCAAGAAUCACAACUUCCAGAGGAAUCCAAACCAGCCAGUGGAAAAUCCCCCGUGGUGCUGGAGGCAAGCAGGGCCCCAGUGGCCUCUGAGGGCACCCAUACAGACGGUGUGGAGGAGGUGGCUGGUUCAUGCUCGCAAGCCCCAACACACAGUCCCCCCAAUAAGCCCAAGCUGGUGGUGAAACCUCCUGGGAGCAGUCUCAACGGGGUUCCCCCCAACCCCACUCCCAUUGUUCAACGGUUGCCAGCCUUUCUGGACAAUCACAACUAUGCCAAGUCCCCCAUGCAGGAAGAGGAAGAUCUGGCGGCUGGUGUAGGCCGCAGCCGAGUUCCCGUCCGCCCGCCCCAGCAGUACUCGGACGAUGAGGAUGACUAUGAGGACGAUGAAGAUGACGACGUUCAGAACACCAACUCUGCCAUUAGGUACAAGCGAAAGGGACCAGGGAAACCUGGCACAUUGAACAGCCCUGGGGAUGGGCAGCUGUCGGUGCUGCAGCCCAACACUAUCAACGUCUUGGCCGAGAAGCUCAAAGAGUCCCAGAAGGACCUCUCGAUCCCGCUGUCCAUCAAGACGAGCAGUGGGGCUGGGAGCCCCGCCGUGGCUGUGCCGGCACACUCGCAGCCUUCGCCCACUCCCAGCAACGAGAGCACAGACACCGCCUCGGAGAUCGGCAGCGCCUUCAACUCCCCGCUGCGCUCCCCCAUCCGCUCGGCCAACCCGACUCGGCCCUCAAGCCCCGUCACCUCCCACAUCUCCAAGGUGCUUUUCGGAGAGGAUGACAGCCUGCUGCGUGUGGACUGCAUUCGCUACAAUCGCGCCGUCCGAGACCUGGGCCCGAUCAUCAGCACAGGCCUCCUGCAUUUGGCCGAGGACGGUGUGCUGAGCCCCUUGGCCCUGACAGAGGGUGGAAAGGGUUCCUCCCCCUCCAUCAGACCGAGCCAAAGCAGCCAGGGGUCCAGCAGCCCAGAGGUGAAGGAGGUACUGGAAGCUGUCGACAGCAGAGAGAAAACAGGGCUAUCCAGGCCCGGGGAGCCCGUAAGCGGGGAGAAGUACUCUCCCAAGGAGCUGCUGGCGCUGCUGAAAUAUGUGGAGGCGGAGAUCGCCAACUAUGAAGCCUGCCUCAAGGAAGAGGUAGAGAAGAGGAAGAAGUUCAAGAUCGAUGACCAGAGGAGGACCCACAACUAUGAUGAGUUCAUCUGCACCUUCAUCUCCAUGCUGGCUCAGGAAGGCAUGCUGGCCAACCUGGUGGAGCAGAACAUCUCCGUGCGGCGGCGCCAGGGAGUCAGCAUCGGGCGACUGCACAAGCAGCGGAAGCCCGACAGGCGGAAACGCUCACGCCCUUACAAAGCCAAACGCCAGUGAGAACUGGCCGCCCCGCCUCUGCAGCCCAUUCUUGCCAUGUGGCCUGCCCCAGGCCCCGUCCCUGCCCUCCUUUUCAUCCCAGUAUUACUGAAUAGUUGCAGUCAGAGCCCAGACAGAUCCUGGGCAAAGCCUUGCUCCAGUGCCUAGCCUGGCAGGGCCGCCCCGUCGUGUUCAGAAAGCAGCAGCUGGAGCCGGGGCCUCCCAGCACUGGCGCUUCCUCCAUAGCCAGCUGUGGAGUGGCAGGACUGGCCCUUCUGCCUGGGCAAGCAGAGUAUAUAUUUUACCUACAGAGACGUCUAUUUUUCUGGGCUCUCACCCAUCUUGCCACCACUGUGUUGACAUAGCUGGCUUCUCAACUCUGAGCCUCUCCCUGAUGGCAGUUCUCCCGGUGGCCGAGCUCUGCGGGCACCACUGGGGGUCCUGGUAGGCACCAGCUCUUCUGUGUUUUCCCCAGCGACCAGCUAGCCCUGUUGUGAGGGAGCCCGGUCUCCUUGUUGCUCCCAGGAGAGCUCCAAACUCAGGGACCCAGCUGCCGCAUUGGAUUUGGGGAUCUAGGGUAUCCUCGAGGGGGUGACCUGAGCAGAGAGAAGUGUUGGAGCCCUUUGGUGGCCCAUAUGUCAAGCUUGCUCCCCAUUCCCCAUGGGGGGGUUGCGGGACUCUUUGCCUACAGUGUUGUGGCCCAGGCAGUGCAGCCUGCCCCAGGUUACUGGGCAUUGUCCCCAGGGCUCCCAGGAGCCGCUGCCUCACCCCUCAGUAUUACUGUCUCCCUCCUCUUAGGGGAUGCAGAGACAGGGCUGCUUGUGGGAAGCUGCCAGCACUCAGCUUCCUCCCGUCACGCCAGCUUCCUUCUCUGCAAGGCAUUCAGGGUUGGGGACAGAUGACCGAGACAACCAGCUGAAGUUUCUGUGUUCCAGAGGGCCUGAGGCUGGGGCUGGGAGGUGGGGGCGAACGGGGCACUGCUUCUGGCCUGGCCCCAGGCCUUCGCCAGUGGAUUUGAAGGUGAUCCAAGCAGACCCUUUAUCUGUACAUAACAACAAGGUAUGUGUGUGUGCAGGGGGGGAGGCGAGUGCAGCCAGCCGGCAGGGAUGGCAGCUGCCUCUGCACUGAGCACAGCCUGACCCCUCUGGCCUCUGUAAAUAUUUGGAUCAAUGAAUGAAUAAAUCUUUAGAAAAGAA